GGUGGUUAUGGACAGUCCGGGUCAGUGAGGCUGCGGGGGUGUGGGGGACGAGAGAUGGGGCGGGCCGGGUGUCGAGUCACGAGAGUGCAAAAGUAAGACCUGUGUGAAGGCUGCAGGAGACGCUCUGCGGCGCCCUGGGUCUCCAGUUCUGAUGGAAUCUGGGUACCCGAAACCACCAUUUUAGAAUCAAGCUGGGAGCUGACCAAAAACAGCUCCCCCACCAGCUCAGCCCCCUACGUCCCACCUAAUGCCCCGCCCACCACACCGGAGGUCCGGAAGCGGACGUGAUGGAUACGGAAGUAGCCUGCUGUUGCCGAGGGGACGGAACGGGCAGAUGCCAACAUGGCAGCGGUUGGGGUUGGCGGAUCUACCGCUGCGGCCGGGGCAGGGGCUGUGUCCGCGGGCGCGUUGGAACCUGGAUCUGCUACAGCGGCUCACCGGCGCCUCAAGUAUAUAUCCUUAGCUGUGCUGGUGGUCCAGAAUGCCUCCCUCAUCCUCAGCAUCCGCUAUGCUCGCACACUGCCUGGGGACCGCUUCUUUGCCACCACUGCUGUGGUCAUGGCUGAAGUGCUCAAAGGUCUCACCUGUCUCCUGCUGCUCUUCGCACAAAAGAGGGGGAAUGUGAAGCACCUGGUCCUCUUCCUUCACGAGGCUGUCCUGGUGCAAUAUGUCGACACACUGAAGCUCGCGGUGCCCUCUCUCAUCUAUACCUUGCAGAAUAACCUCCAGUAUGUUGCCAUCUCCAACCUGCCAGCUGCCACUUUCCAGGCCCACAGUGGGUGCUGUCCCAAACCCCUUGCACUUUCUGGGAGUUGGGACCAGCCCUCAGUGCCUUCCACAUGCAACUUGCAGGUGACGUAUCAGCUGAAGAUCCUGACUACAGCACUGUUCUCGGUGCUUAUGUUGAAUCGCAGCCUCUCACGCCUGCAGUGGGCCUCUCUGCUACUGCUCUUCACUGGUGUCGCCAUUGUCCAGGCACAGCAAGCUGGUGGGAGUGGCCCACGGCCACUGGAUCAGAACCCGGGGGUGGGCUUAGCAGCUGUUGUGGCCUCCUGUCUCUCCUCAGGCUUUGCUGGUGUCUACUUUGAGAAGAUCCUCAAAGGCAGCUCAGGUUCUGUGUGGCUGCGCAACCUCCAGCUCGGCCUCUUUGGCACAGCGCUGGGCCUGGUGGGGCUCUGGUGGGCUGAGGGCACUGCCGUGGCCAGUCAAGGCUUCUUCUUUGGGUACACACCUGCUGUCUGGGGUGUCGUACUAAACCAAGCCUUCGGUGGGCUCCUGGUGGCUGUUGUUGUCAAGUAUGCUGACAACAUCCUCAAGGGCUUUGCCACCUCCCUGUCCAUUGUGCUGUCCACUGUUGCCUCCAUUCGCCUCUUUGGCUUCCACCUGGACCCAUUAUUUGCCCUGGGUGCAGGGCUCGUCAUUGGUGCCGUCUACCUCUACAGCCUUCCCCGAGGUGCAGUCAAAGCCAUAGCCUCUGCCUCUGCCUCUGCCUCUGGGCCGUGCAUUCACCAGCAGCCUCCUGGGCAGCCACCACCACCGCAGCUGUCUUCCCGAGGAGACCUCAUCACGGAGCCCUUUCUGCCAAAGUUGCUCACCAAGGUGAAGGGCUCGUAGCUGCUGGAAUUGAAGACGCUGGCCUGCCUUCGUUCUCCCUUCUUGCCCUGGCCCAGCUGGGACUAAACUCUUAUCAGUAUUAGGGGUAGGGUGAGGUAGACAUGGAACUAACUCCCUGUCCCCACCAACCCUGCCCCACGUAGGGCUGACAUGACUGACUAACCUCUGUUAAUGGGCCCACCUCAACUCCUGCUAUCUUUACAGUAUUUCUUAGGUGAGUUUCUGCAAAUAAAAUGUGUUUUGCAUCUUGUGAA